CGUGUAUCUUUUGAGCAAAAUUUUGCACAGGCUUUGUUCUGGCAUGGUAUGGACCAACACAAAAACCAAAUAAGGAAUUGGGUAAUGUGUUAGAUAUGCUCAUUACUAGAUGGUCACUGAUUUGUUUGGCUGUGGCCAGACUAAUCACCUACAAAACUAUGGUAGUUUUGUAGUAUCUGUGGUCAUAUAUAUGUGGCUGCAAUACAUUCCUGCAGUCAAAUUACUUUGGAAGAGAUUGUUUUUUGAAAUAAUGGAGAAAAGAAGAGUGGGAAUAGUUGGAUUUGGUAGUUUAGGCCAGUAUCUUUAUCAUGCUUUACAAGACUCUAAGGAUGAAUAUGAGAUUGCAUUUGUUUGGAAUAGAUCAGCUGAGAAAAUGAGAGACAUUGUUCCACCUGAACUAAUCCUUAAUGAUCUCAAAUCUUGCCACUCAAAAUCUCCACAUAUUAUCAUUGAAGUGGCUCAUCCAUCAAUAGCUGCUGAAUACGGUGCCUUGUUCUUGCAAUCUGCUGAUUUCCUUAUUGGCUCAGGUACUGCAUUGGCUGAUGAUGAAGUAAUGAAGAGGAUAAAGGGAGCAUGCACUGCACAUGCACUGUAUGUACCAGUUGGGGCUCUGUGGGGUGGACAUGAUAUACAGAGAAUGGCUGAUAGGGGAACACUAAAAGGACUUAAGAUUACAAUGAAAAAGCCUCCUGCUGCAUUGAAGGUUGUUGGCCCACUGAAAGAUAAACUAGAGCUAGUGAAAGACACCCCACUUGUACUAUAUGAAGGUCCAGUUAAAGAUCUUUGUCCCCUUGCUCCAUGCAAUGUCAACACUAUGGCAGGAGCAUCCAUAAUAGCACAUAAUCUUGGAUUUGAUCAAGUUAUUGGUUGUCUUGUUGCUGAUCCAAGUUUGACCUAUCAUGUUGUUGAGGUAGAGGUGAAGGGUCCUGGUAGCGAUGAGAAUCAUUUUAGUGUUCGAGUUACUCGUUGCACACCAGCAAUUGUAGGAGAAGUCACAGGAAAGCAAACAUUUUUUACUUUCCUCAGUAGUUUAUUAGCUGCAAGAGAUAAAGGGCCUGGCAUUCACCUUUGCUAAAAAAGCAUCAAAACUUGACUAAAUAAACUUACUUUAAAACUUGAUUAAAUAAACUUACUUUAAAACUUGA